AUGGUCCUCGGCCACGAAGGAGUGGGAGUCGUUCAAGAAGUCGGACCAGACACCAAGAAUCUGAAACCUGGUGACCGUGUUGGAUGGGGCUACCAGGCCAAUUCCUGUGGCCGAUGCGACCAGUGCUUGAACGGGGACGAUGAGUACUGUGACGAGCGCCAAAUCUACGGUGAAGCAAACCUGGAUCAGGGAAGUCUUGCAGAGGCAAUUGUCUGGAGGGAGGCAUUCCUGUUCCGCGUGCCAGAUAACAUCUCAGAUGCGGAAGCCGCUCCGCUGAUGUGCGGCGGCGCAACAGUGUGGACUGCCCUUCACAAGUACGGUCUUACGUCCUCUUCAACAGUUGGUGUCAUUGGAAUUGGAGGCCUGGGCCAUCUCGCUAUUCAGUUUGCUUCCAAAAUGGGGAUGAAUGUCGUCGCAUUGUCUACGAAUGACAGCAAAAAGGAAGAGGCAUUGAGACUCGGUGCCACGAAAUAUGUUGUUACGAGUGGAGCUGAGAAACUUGACAUUGGGUCGUCCAAGCUAGAUGCCCUAAUUGUCACUUCGUCUGUUGAGACGCAAUGGGAUGCCUAUCUGCCGCUGCUCAAGCCACGGGCCAUGAUUAUCCCUCUCACUGUGCAUUUUGGCAACCUUACCAUUCCGCAGUUUCCGCUCAUUGGCUACGGGUUUAAGGUUCAGGGUACGGUCAUUGCGUCGAGAUGGGAGCUGGGCAAGAUGCUGGACUUUGCGGCACGUAAUGGUGUGAGACCGGUUACUGUGAAAUUUCCCAUGACGAAGGAUGGUAUUGAGGAGUCGAUGAAGGAGUUGAGUGAGGGGAGGAUGAGAUAUCGCGGAGUUCUGAUUCCGGUGUAA